CACGAUAACGAGGUCGGCUCCCGGCGCCGCGCUGCAAACGUCGCGCGACGGUCGUCCUUUGCGGCAGGCGUCCUUUUCGGCAAUACGUCUGCUCGGUCUUCAAGCCGGUUUGUCGCGAAGCUGCGUCCAGGAGGAGACAAGGGCACUGCAGGCCCACGCCAUGCCUUUCAUUGACGUGCAGAAGAGGCUGGGCAUUAGCCUAGAUAAGCACUUCACAAUCCAAAGUUCUGAACAGCCCUACAAGAUUCCUUCCCGAUGCCAUGCUUUUGAAAAAGAAUGGAUAGAAUGUGCACAUGGGAUUGGCGGUACCCGGGCUAAGAAAGAGUGUAAGCUAGAGUAUGAUGAUCUCACAGAAUGUUUGCUUCGAUUCAAAACGAUGAGGCGCAUGGAAGCUAUCAAGAGGCAGCGGAAUAAGCUGAUGAAGGAGGGCAAGUACACCCCUCCACCUCACCACUUGGGCAAGGGGGAGGCACGGCCCUGAGAGCAGCUGAUGGUGACUGCUUUUCUCAUUCUCCAUUUUCCACUGGGAAGAUUGCUUCAUGAAAACCUCGUCAUUAAAGUAUGUAAAAAUAAAGGAUUACUCCAUCCUA